AUGUGUCUAUGGAGAAACUCACCAUAUGAAUUGGACUCAUUUGCACCAUCUAUUUUACAUAAAUUAGCAAUUAUUGAGUUACCAGUACAUUUAUUAGCUGCAUAUGUUAUAAUUUUCAAGACUCCGCCCACAAUGAAAUCGGUGAAAGGAAUGAUGUUGCUUAUGCAUUUGUGUGGUGCCUAUCUGGAUCUCUUCAUCAGUGCCCUUUCCAAUCAAUAUUUCGUGUUCCCAGCUGCUGCUGGAUAUACACAAGGCCUUUACACUUAUCUUGGAGUUCCCAUAAGAUGGCAAGGUUAUAUGUACGUAAAUGGCCUCUGUCUAACUGGAGUUUCGAUUCUGGGAUUUUUCGAAAAUCGAUUCACCGCUGUGGUUCGUGGUAAAAAAGCUAGUUUAUUACAUGAAAAAUGGAGAUUAUUUUAUAUAGUUGGAAAUUAUGUUUUCGCUGUCGUUUUUAUUUUUCCAAUCACUUUUACAGCACCGGAACAGACUUAUGGAAAGGCGUACGUUAGAGAGAUCCUUCCAUGUGUCCCUAACGAAAUCAUAGAACACCCUCAAUUUUUUGUAUACGCUAUAGAUGUAACAUUGCUCACCUGUAUAAUUUCAUUCGCAUCUAUUGUAAUUACUUUACAGUGCAUUUAUUUUUUCUCCAGAACCCUUAUUUAUUUGUCAAGUCGAAAAGCGAAAUCUCAGAGGACUUAUAAUCUGCAAUUACAGUUUUUUAUUGCGCUUUCUAUUCAAAUUAUAAUUCCGAUUUGUGCAAUUAUUGGACCAGUCGGUUAUAUUGCUUUUGCAUGCGCUACGUCGUACUUUGAUCAAGCCCUCAACAAUAUUUUCGUCAAUGUUAUCGCAUUCCAUGGACUCAUAUCUAGUGUUGUAAUGCUAGGAGUACAUAAACCAUAUCGACAAGCUGUCUUUGGAAUGGUCAAGUGUGCAUAUUUGGAAAAAAAGUUUAUGGGAAGCUCCGCCCAUGUGGAGGGUACCACAGCAGUGGUAUUGAGCAGUAAACGACCAUCAAUUCACCCUCCAGUUUAUAUUGGUCCAGGCCAUAAUUAUCUUCCUGUUGACUAA